CAGCAGGACCAAACUCACUGCCUUCUUUUCCUCCAGUGCUCUCUCCCUUCUUUCUCCUUGUGACUCCAGGCUGAGAUCCACAGAUAGGAUGUUGUCCCUCAGCUCCCUCUCUACACUCCUCCUCCUGCUUUUCCUCUACCCCCCUCAGCUGUCUGCCCAGAAUGGACGCGUGCGUCUUGCAAACGAAGGCCGGCGCAGCACGAACCAGGGGCGUGUGGAGGUGUUCUACAAUGGUGCAUGGGGCACAGUGUGUGAUGACGAGGUGGAUCUUAACCUUGCCAAUGUAGUGUGCCGACAGCUGGGCUUUCAACACGCCGUAACCUGGGCACACAGCGCCAGGUUUGGCGAGGGCCAUGGUUUGAUCUGGCUGGACAAUGUGCGCUGCACGGGCGCAGAGGCCUCUAUUGCAGACUGUCGCUCCAAUGGUUGGGGAAUCAAUGACUGCACCCAUGCUGAGGACCUGGGGGUCAUUUGCAGUGCAGAAAGGAGACCUGGCUCCCCCAGUGCCCCCGUGGCGGAGGGUCCUUCAUCCUCCAGACGCCAACCAAGCCAGAGGAACCCACCACCAACCUCACCACAGUCUGUGUACCCCCCAACCUCGUCUUCUGCAAGAGGCCAUGAGAUUGCCCUCCAUCGCAACCCGACUUCUUCCCGUCGCAGCAUCCUCUCGCCGCAGGAAAAUGGUCACGAAAUCCAGAUCUUGCGAAGGAAUCGAGGUGGUUCCAGACCAAGCCCUCAGAUUAGCUCAGCUCUGCCACAGGGGCACCAGAUACCUUCACGUCUGGCAAACAGCGCAACCUACCGGCAGAGACAGGAGACAGCGAGGACCAGUCCACAAGCAGUGAGACGAGAGGCAGAGGCACAGACGAACAGCCAACCCCAACCUCAGCCUCAGCCCCCACUCCAAUCUGAGCGAAGAAGCGAAAGGCAGCAGCAACUCAGUGGGAACCAUGUCGAACCAGACCCUGUUUAUCCAGACAUGGGACUGGAGAUUGAUGCGCACUACACACAGGGUUCCGAAAGGGUUCACUUGGAGGAGGCUCGUCUACGGCCUGUGCUGUCUGGCAACCAUGGCGGUCUGGUGACUGAGGGAGUGCUGGAAGUGAGGCAUGCUGGGAGGUGGCGUCAUGUGUGUAGCCAAGGCUGGGACCUCAGCAGCAGCCGUGUCGUCUGUGGCAUGUUAGGAUUCCCUGCUGCAGAAGCAUUUGACCAAAACGCCUACAGGAAACUGUGGGACUCCAAGUUAGCCGAUCCGUCUUCCAGGCUGAGGACACUGAUCAGUAAGAAGGCCUACUGGGUGGAGAAGUUGCAGUGUCAGGGCACGGAGGUCUCUCUGUCGAAGUGCCAGGCCCAGCUGUCCCUUCCCAGGAAUGAUGUGCCGUGCCGCAAUGGCAUGCAUGCCGUGGUCCGCUGUGUGCCUGGAUCCCAGUUCACACGCUUUGGCACAGCACCUGCACCACCCGCCAUGCCGCCUGUUGUGCGUCUGAAGUCGGGGCCCCGACUUGGCGAGGGUCGUGUUGAGGUGCUGAGGGAGGGCAAGUGGGGCACCGUGUGUGACCACCUGUGGGACAUUGCUGCAGCAAGCGUGGUCUGCAGAGAGCUGGGCUUUGGCACGGCUAAAGAGGCACUCACCAAGGCUCAGCUGGGACAGGGCACCGGCCCCAUCCACAUGAACAGUGUGCAGUGUACAGGCAGGGAGAAGUCGAUUACAGAGUGUACCUACAGACCGGUGCCACUAUACUCCUGCAAACACAGCCAGGAUGUAGCAGUCCGCUGCAAUGUGCCCAACACUGGCGUGCAGGCCACAGUGCGUCUGGCAGGGGGCAGAGAGCCGUCAGAGGGUCGUGUGGAGGUGCUGAUGGAGGUCAGAGGGGUGAAGCGUUGGGGCGCCGUCUGCAGCGAGAACUGGGGCAUCAAUGAGGCCAUGGUUGUCUGUCGGCAGCUGGGUUUGGGCUUUGCAUCACGAGCUCAUCAGGAGACCUGGUACUGGCCUGGUUCCUCAGAUGCUGGUGAGGUGGUUCUGAGCGGAACUCACUGCAUUGGCACAGAGAUGUCGAUCCAGCAGUGUCGCAGAAACACAAAUGUCUACUGUCCCAGAGGAGGAGAUGGCAGAGCCGCAGGAGUCACAUGUGUGGAGACUGCUCCUGACCUCGUCCUGGAUGCUCAGCUCGUCCAGGAGACAGCCUACCUGGAGGACCGUCCCCUCCACCUGCUCACCUGUGCAAAUGAAGAGAACUGCCUGUCCUCCUCCGCCGCCAGGAUGAACUGGCCUUAUGGACACCGCCGCUUGCUGCGCUUCUCCUCCCGUAUCAUGAACCUGGGUCGUGCCGACUUCCGACCCCGAGCCUCCAGAGAAAGCUGGACAUGGCACCAGUGUCACAGGCACUACCACAGCAUUGAGGUGUUCACCCACUACGACCUGCUGACGUUUAAUGGUACCAAGGUGGCUGAAGGUCACAAGGCUAGCUUUUGUCUGGAGGACACCUACUGCCCUGAUGGUAUUCAUAAGCGGUACGCCUGCUAUAACAUGGGACAGCAGGGCAUUUCGAUUGGGUGCUGGGACACCUACCGCCACGAUAUUGACUGCCAGUGGAUAGACAUUACAGACAUACGACCUGGUGAAUACAUCUUCCAGGUGGAGGUCAACCCUUCCUUGGACAUGGCUGAGUCGGAUUUCCAGAACAACGUGAUGCGUUGCCGGUGCAAGUACGAUGGAGCACGAGUUUAUAUGUUUGGAUGCCAUGCAGGUGAUGCUUAUAGUGCCGAGGUGGAGGACUUGUUUGACCACCACCGUCAGAUUUCCAACAACUUCUUGUGAAUUAAGGAACAUGCAGAUUUAAGGACACAACAACUGUACAACUCCUCGCCACACCUCAACAUGUCAGGGGAAGGAGGUUGAAUGACAAUGACAUGCCAGUAAAUAGAAAAAUUGAGGGUCCAAGGGAGGAGGGUGGGAAGCUGGGAUGGUAUGGGAGAGACUUGAUGCAAAAAUGACUAAUUAGGAUCCCGUGACUGAUUGUCAUCAGCAGUGACUGCUCCUAUUAGAAAGUCAAAGAGAAAGAGAAAUUUUUGAAGAGG